AUGCCGGGACUGCCGCAGAAGCCAGACAGUCGAGUCUGCUGUAGCCUCGAACGCAUCGAAAGGAGGACCAAAUUCAGUUCCUCGUCUACCCCAAACUUGGGCUCGUGCCCGCUUGACUACGACUUCGAGGCGCACAGACCCUUCGGUUUACUUUCGGCCGUCGGACGAUCGCAGACUUUCACCUGCACGCAUUGCAGUUGGUGCUCGGUCUUCCUGGCCCUGAUUGGCCGACUGGCCAGUCACAUGUACCUGCUCCUCCGAGGGAGGUUGCCUUUUGGCAGCACUCACUUUCACUCCGAGUCUCAUGUUCGUCAGCCUCGCCGCGUCUCAUCCACCAACCUCCUUGUCCCCCUCCUGACACACAUUUGCUUAUUUAUGCGCUUGCAUCAUCCCCUUGAGCCGCCCAUAUUCUGGGGACAUGUUUUUUGUGGAAAAAGCCCCAACGACCUGCUCAUCUGCUCGUCUGUUCCUGCUUUUCCUGGCAGUUGA